AUGCCGACUUAUAAGAUACAACAACAGUUUAUUGAUUGGUAACUGUCUGAACUAAUUGAAUAUCCAGAUUUCGCAUUAUUAAUUAAUUUAACUCGAUUCUACAUGUCAACGGAAGAACCUGAAGCCUAGGGAUGUGAGUUAUUGGGAGGAUUUGGAAUACUAGUGUAAUCCAUUCUGGGAUUCCUUUGCUUUUUAGUCCUUGUCUUCAAGAGACACAUUGAGAAACCUAAGAGAGUUUGGAAAAUAUUUUUAAUGGAUACUGCUAAAUAGUUUGUUAGUGCCGUUGUGCAACACUUCUUAAAUAUUGGUUUAGCCUUACUAUUGAGUUCUGCUGAUAGUGGAGAUUAAUGUUAAUGGUAUUUUAUUACUUACAUGUUGGAUUGCACUCUGGGCAUGCUCAUCAAUUGUCUAUUAAUCACUCUCUUUGAAAACCUAUUUCAAAAGUUGGGCUAGACGCAAUUCCAAACUGGAAAUUACUAUACUAUAACCUAUCCUCAAAUUACAACCUACUCUCUAAGUUCUGAGGAUUAGACUGAAGCCAAAAAAGCCAAACCGAAAGUUGAGGUUGCUUAUGGAGUGUACAUGUUUUAAUUAACAUUGUGGAUUUUAAUCGUUGUUGCAAGCAAAGUUAUCCUCUACUUCUUCUAAUUACUCUUGGGAGAAUAUUUAUUGACAGCAGUAUCAUGGAUGUUUCAACCUAUAAACUAAUAUCCAGAACUUGAACUUGUUAUUGUACUCGUCAUCAUCCCUUUAAUAUUUAAUGCUCUUUGCUUUUGGGUACAAGAUUCAUUUCUCAAGAAAAGCAAAUUUAAGAAGAAGGAGAAAACCGUUGUCUUGGAUGCACUAUACGAGAAAUCUGACGAGCCUGUCGAAGUGGAAAUAAUCGAUGGAGACGAAAGCUCUAGACCUUCCAUAAUAGGCAUUGAAUUACAGCCAUAGUAGAAAAAUAAUGAUUUAGUAAUCACAGAAACUAAAUCUGAUAUUGAAUUAAGCGAAUAAUAAACUAAUUCAUCAAAUGAAAUUUGA